AUUAUUCGAAUAAAAUCUUUUGUAUGAAAAAUUAAGUUAUCUCGUCUUGUAUGAAAAACUAUGGCAAAAUUAAAGUGAAGCAACAGGGGUUAUUGGGCUGGACUCCCAAUUAGCCAGAACCACCGUAAUGUAACUUGUUUGAUAACACAUAGGCCUCUUGUAUUAUGUUGGACCUCAGGGCCCAAACAUGUCGAAACAUUCGUCAUUAUUAUACUUUUUAAUAUAAGACAUACAGAUUUGGUCAUUAAAAUCGGAGGAGACAAGACAUCGUAGACGAAUCAAAGUGAAAGUGAAAGGAUAAUCUAUAAAUAUUGGUCGGAAUCCUGUGCAAUCAUUUCGUUUUGCGCAUGUCUGGUCUAUCAAAAUCUCUCUCGGCUCCGUGUAUCUCGAAGAAAGGUAGCUAGGGUUUAGGUGUUUAAGAAGAAGAUGCAGCAAAUGUUUCCGGCGAUGGUUCCUUCGAUUCCCUCAUCUAACAUCACCACUGAGCAGAUCCAAAAGUACCUUGAUGAGAACAAAAAGCUGAUAAUGGCGAUUAUGGAAAACCAGAAUCUCGGAAAACUUGCAGAAUGUGCACAGUACCAAGCUCUUCUCCAGAAGAACUUAAUGUACCUCGCUGCUAUUGCUGAUGCUCAACCUCCUCCACCUACUACAGCACCUGCACCUGCACCUGCACCAGCUAUGGCUUCCCAGAUGACGGCACCGCAUCCUUCGAUGCAACCGCCUAGCUACUUCAUGCAACACCCACAAGCUUCAGGGAUGGCUCCACAACAAGCAUCUCCCGCCGGUAUUUUCCCUCCUCAAAGAGGUCCUUUGCAGUUUGGCAGCCCACACCAGCUUCAGGAUCCGCAACAGCAGCUUCAGCUACAUCAACAAGCUAUGCAGGGAGGACACAUGGGGAUUAGACCAAUGGGUAUCAACAACAACAACGGGAUGCAGCAGCAUCAGAUGCAACAACUCCCAGAAACCUCUCUUGGAGGAAGUGUGGGACUUAGAGUAGGCAAGCAAGAUGGAGCAGAAGGACAAGGGAAAGACAAUGAUGGCAAAUGAAAGGGAACCAAAGAAAGCUUUGUUUUGUUUAUAUUUUUAGGACUUUGUGCUUUUCUCUCAUAAGGACUUUUGCAUCAGUUUUCUUUAGACUGUGGAGUUAGUUCCACAAACGGUGUUGUAAUAUUAUUUAGUACAAGUUCUAGAAGCAUCAUUAUUCUCAUUCA